AUGUCCUUACUCAAUGUCGGUGAUUUAGAAGGAAUUUUUCAACCUGUAUCUGUUAACCCUUCUUCCAGGCUAGUUUGUUACAAUUCCAGUAGAGUUUAUGUAUGGCAAAAUGGUAUUUUGAGAGUUCAAUCAGAGGUUGGAAACACGUAUAAAAGCUAUGAUUUAGAGGUGCCAUUUACUCCAGAAGCUAUGGUUUUGGAUAUUUCCGGUGACCUCAUAGCAUUCCACUCUAAAAGCGAGUUUUACGUUGUUGAAGUUAGACAAAACACAAGAUUAAAAAGACAUCAUAAACCUGAAGCAGGGAUAAAAAGACUACUAUGGCAUCCUUUGGCAACUUAUGGGCUCUCUGUAGUUAUUUUGCAUGAAGAUUCUUCCAUUCAAAUAUAUGAUCUGAAUGAAUUGGACGUACCAAAGCCAACCAUUUUUAAUCUGAAGACGAAGUCUUUCGGGCUUUCAGAUCAUGUUGAAGGUGUAUGUGAUAUUACUUUUGAUACUACAGGCCUUGUACUAUAUUUACUCAGUUCGUACAACUUUUGCGAUGUCUACGCGAUAUACCCUUUCCUACCGGACAACUUCACUUUAGAUGGAUUUGAGAAUAACAAGGAUGAUAAUGAUAACAGCAGUUUGGCCGAUUACAUGUAUCACAAAUCUUUAUCUCAGUUUAACAAUGUUCAGAAAGAACUAAAUCAAUCUACAAUGACUGCUGAUGUGCAACAAUCAGAUAUGCUACCGCUAAGUCACGAUUUACUGAAGCAGAUUCAGUUCUUUAAAAGUUUUGCUAAGAAAAAUGAAUCUUUGCCAUUCUCAAACAAAGCUUUGACCAAAGCAACUCCACAAGGCCCAUUCCGUAUCAAGGGAUUCUCUAAGUCAUUAUAUGAAAAAGAUGUGAUAGGAAUAACUAAUAUACCAAUAAGCAAGUACCUGGGAUUAUUGGCUCUUCAGUUUGAGGAUGGUAGCAACGUUAUACUAUUCCCUGAUUCAGAGCCAAUUAUGUCUUGGACACCUCGUAAUAUAAACCCGUUCAACAGCUUUACAGUGAUAACAUCAUUUCAAGCUCAAGGCUCCUGUACGUUACUAAACGGAACCAAACCAAAAUUAGCCUAUGUAGGUCCUAAUGCUGCCAUUUUUGUUGAAUUACCAUGGCUAUCUCCACUUUCAGAAUGUAUUAAACUGAAUGAUUUCUCCUCCAUUGUGGGUGUAGACUUUGAUGUUAAUAUCACCACUAUCAGUGGAUCAUUUUCAGGUGUUAUACCGACCAUCACAGCGGACGUUCUCUACGACAACCAGCAUAUAAAAGUCAUCGAGAGCGAAGAUAAAAAAGAAAGCACCCUAAGAACUCCAAAAAAUUUAGAUGUGAAAUACACGUAUAAACCAGCACUACCUACAUCAUCCCAGGAAAUAGGAAUGUUGGUUAUGAAGUAUAAAUCGCAAGCGAAACAUUUUGUGGGAGGCGUGCCGGAUGAACUUGCAUCUGUGCCAUUUAAAAAUGAUAACAACGAGGAUCAACUAGAGAUUGUAUCGAAACUAUACAAAAAUACAAUGGGUCGUGUGAAGAUGGGCCAAAUGAUUGCAUAUAGAAUGUUUAACAAGCUACAGGAGCAACAAAAUGAAAUACACCGUCAGCUCAGGAAAACUAAUAGGCUUAAUGAACUAAAGGUUAAAUUAGAGGGAAACCUCAGCGAAUUAGAGGAAAGACAUGCUGCAUCAAAGGAGAAAUCAAAACAGUUGAACGAGCGUUUGGAUAAGCUAAAGGAGACGUUCACAAAAAUUGAAAACAGUCAAAAAUUGAAAACAGCUAGUAUUAGUGAUGCUGAAGUAGCAUGGUUCAAGACAAUUAGAACCCAGGUUUUAAAAUUUAACGAAUACGUUCAUAUGACGAACAACUUGCGCGAGGAGUUGGAAUUUUUGGACAAGAAAUUAAAGGCCAUACACACUGACAAGACCGAUUUGUUUUCUGAUGCGGAGUUCAAUGAGUUGCAACAGAUGCUACUGAACGACAAAAAGGUAAUUAAUGCAUGUGUCAGCGAGCUUACUGCGUCAGUCCAGACUCUCGAAAUGUGA